UUUGUGCAUAUAUAAGGCUUGGCGGUCGUGGUCCAAUGGGGGAUGACUAAAUCACAGUCGGAGGUAGAACCUCGGCGCGAGACCUAGAGAAGUACUGCCCGCAGUUACGUCAAGUUCGAAAUAAGGAUAAUACUGGCCUGGCAGAUAAAGUAAUACACACAGCAGUAGUCCAGGUUGGCAGUGGCCUGCGUUCGAUUGUUGGAAAGGUAGUGAGGUCCUUGAAGUGGGCAUCUUGUCCCAACGCCCUUCACUCUGAUUGUUUGUGCUGUUGCUUUCUGAAACCUCCUCCACACCUUCGCUUUCCUGAUAGUCUGUUCAACCGACCAAACUGCUUCCUUACACACGAAACCUUACAUCGCGGCUACUCUCGUUCAUCAAAAUGGCAGGUAGACAAGCAUUGAUUGUGCCUGCCCUGAAAAAGCACAGUGCUACAAUCAUCAUGGCUCAUGGCUUGGGCGACAGUGGCGCAGGAUGGGUAUCUCUAGCAGAAUCCUGGCGACGACGUGGAAAAUUCGAGGACGUCAAGUUCAUCUUCCCGAACGCGCCCAACAUCCCUAUCACGGUGAAUUUUGGAAUGAGCAUGCCCGGCUGGUAUGAUAUAAGCGACUUCUCGGACCUCAACCAGCAGCAAGACGAGAGUGGGAUCUUCCGUAGUCGAUCCACAUUCACGAAACUCAUCACCGACGAAGUGGCCGCAGGCAUUCCUUCCAAUCGCAUCAUCCUGGGCGGCUUCUCGCAAGGCGGCGCCAUGUCGCUCUUCACCGGAGUGACCACGCCGCACAAGCUUGGAGGUGUGUUCGGCUUGAGCUGUUAUCUUGUGCUAGCAGAUAAGAUCAAAGAGCUUGCGAAAGAGGCCAGUGAUGCAAACAAAGACACCGCAUUCUUCAUGGGUCAUGGCGAUGCGGAUGAGGUGGUCAAGUAUCGAUGGGGGCAACGCACGGCCGAGAUGUUGAAAAACGAAUUGGGCCACAAAGUCGAGUUCAAGACAUACAAGGGUCUUCCUCACUCUGCGGACAUGCAGGAGAUAGACGACUUGGAGGAGUUCAUCAAGCGAUGUCUGCCAUCAUACGAAUAUUUGUGACUAGAUGAAGAUAACCCAACCGGGCGCAGCUGGUUACCGCUUGUCAUGUUGUCUUUGACGUUGCUGCUUGCAUAUUUUGGGCUGAGGAAAUUAUGGCGUCGUAGCAAGCGCGAAAGGAAAGAAUAGAAACUCCUGCGAAGAAAAAGGAUAAUUUUGUAUUUCCGGGUAUCAUUCCGAUAUCCAAGAAGGCUCUUAGAAAUCAUUCAACCUGUCUUACGCAGCACCCUCUGGGCG